AUGUACGCCGCUCAGAAUAUAACGCCAACAGUUUUGGAUGCUAUGAAUGGAAAUGUUUCCGAAUGGUAUAACGAAUGCGACAAUGCCAUUAGAAGGUCAGAAAUAGUUCCUGGAACUUACGAAUAUACAACUGCUGUUUCUUAUGGAAACGUAGGUGAGUUUGGAGAAGGUUCUUCAACAACAGUAGAUAUUGCUUGCGACAGGUUUCAUAUAAUUUCUAUUGACAACUCUUUCUUAUACGUGGAACAAGACAUUGAAAUAAAACCUUCUGCCAAGUUGUCUGACAAGAAAGGUUGCAAUGGAAUUUUCUAUGUCGGAUACCAAUAUGCUCCAGAAGUUUUCAUGGGAUAUAAGAUAUAUUCUAACUCUGACUUAGUUCAAACAGUAACAUGGGCAAACUAUGAAUGGUUCGCUUUGAGAAACUCAGUACAACCACAAGCUAGAGAACAAACAGACCAGUAUGCAACUAUUGAGAAAAUAAGAAGACUUGACCCUAACGUUCCAGGAGUUUAUGUUGACCUUUCUGGACAAACUGCAGCAGCAAUAACCAAAGUAAAAUUGAAACUUAGAGUUCCUUUGUCAUCUUUCCUCAUCUUCAGGUUUUUAAGAUACUUGCCAAACUGGGCAGGAAAAAUUUCUAUCGAACUUACUCCAAGCAAAAAUAACUUAGUCAUUGCACCAACACAAGACCCAUUCACUCUUACAGACGUAAAGGGAGCAAAUCAAACGUCAUUCGCCGACUUUUGCAAAGACAAAGUUGACUUAGACUUUGGUUUCUCAAACCUCAACACUGAAGUAAACUACUACUUCAAUGCUGCUGGAACUGCUUGGGACCCAGUUAAGUUCACAUGCGAAAAAUUUGAAUGCAAGAGAAUAGAAAG